UUUUGUAAGAAAAAAGGAUAAAGAAAAAACCAAAACCCACCAUCUAUAAGGAGAAGCCUUCCUUGUUAAUUUUGCUUUCUCAAAUUAAAACCAACAGCAUUAGUAGUAGUAAUGGCUAGAGCCUCUCAAGACUCUUCCUCCUCCAAAAGACACUUCCAUUGGACAAAAAAGAUUGGAACAACCGAAACUGAUGAAUCAUCAGUUCCAACCUUUAAAUCAUCCUCUUCUUUUUCUUCAAUCUCAACUGCCAAAAAAAAUACUGAAGAAGACAAAAAAGAAAAUAUUACUAGAAGCAACAGCCAUAGCCAUAGCCAUAGCCAUUCUGCUUUAUUAACUCCAAAGAAGAAAUUACCAGCAGUAGCAGUUGCUAGGCUUCGUUCUGUUCUUAAUGCCUUUGGCAAGAACCGAUCUAACCUACAAUCAGGGCUUGGUCAUAGAGUUAUUGGUACUCUUUUUGGCUACCGUAGAGGACAUGUCCAUUUUGCAUUUCAAAGGGAUCCCAUUUCACCACCUGCCUUUCUAAUUGAACUUGCCACUCCAAUUAGUGGGUUGGUUAGAGAAAUGGCAUCUGGGUUGGUUAGAAUUGCAUUGGAAUGUGAUAAAGAAGAUGUAAAGCAAGAAAGGAAAUCUUGUUCUGCUUUGAGAUUGCUUGAAGAACCAAUGUGGAGAACUUAUUGUAAUGGUAAAAAAUGUGGGUUUGCUGCAAGAAGAGAAUGUGGGGCUAAAGAUUGGAAGAUUUUGAAAGCUGUGGAACCUAUUUCAAUGGGUGCUGGUGUUUUGCCUGAAAUGGGAGCUGAUGGUGAUGGUGAGCUUAUGUAUAUGAGAGCCAAGUUUGAAAGAAUUGUUGGGUCUAGAGAUUCUGAAGCUUUUUAUAUGAUGAAUCCUGAUAGCAAUGGAGCUCCUGAGCUUAGUAUCUACUUGCUUAGAGUCUGAAGCAUUCAAUCUCAAUGGCGCUCAAGGAAUCUCCAGGACUGUGAGAUUACAAGUUUAAACCCCCCCUGUUUGAGCUUAAGAGUCUAUAAGCUUGAGUUACUAAUUACUCCAAAGUAAUUUCUUUUUCUUUUACAUAAUAAUUUUGGAAUAGUAAUUAAUUAAGCUAGUCAUAUAUACUUGUUUAGCUAUUGAAGUUGAAGAACCAAGAAAUGGAGGUUUAGUGAUCUCCAAGUCUUCUGUUAUGUUUCUUUUUUUUCUCCUUUGGAGAAAAUUAUGGAGGGGGAAAGUGGGGGUUUAUUACUUGUAUUUUGUUAGUUUUGUAGCUGGAGGGGGAAAAUACUAGAGAACAUGAUGGAUAGGUGGGGCAAUGAAGGUGUAUAUGUAUAGUGUUUUUCUUUUCUUUUUUUUUUUUUUUAGUGUAAGUGAUGUGAGACAAGGAGGAUAAGUGCAAUGAUGAAUGUCUUCUCAUUUUGUUUUAAUUUUCUUUCUUUUCAUAUUUUCUAUUCCCA